UGGUUGAUGGCUAAAGUCGAAGAAGGCCCUCAAUCAGCGGACACCAUGCUUUAAGACGACCACGAGGAACAGUGAAUUGUUUGGAUAUAGUUUAUUGAUAUAAAACGACGUUUAAAUUUGUCAUCUGUCAGCAUUAAAUUCUUCAACUUUCACUGAAUCUUCAUAAUUUACAAUGAAACGGUUGUCAGAAGAAAAUACGAAACUUGUUUUCGAGAAGCUAACCAAAUACAUCGGUGCUAAUGUCAAAUUGCUCAUAGAUCGACCAGAUGGUAUUUAUUGUUUCCGAGAACAGAGAGGAAGGGUUUAUUAUGUCUCAGAGAAGAUUUUAUCACUUGCUAGCACCGUAGCUCCUGAAAAUUUAGUCAGCUUUGGUACCUGUUUUGGAAAGUUUACUAAAUCUGGCAAAUUCAAACUACACAUCACUGCUUUACAUUAUCUUGCACCAUACGCACAGCAUAAAAUCUGGUUGAAAUCAUCAGCGGAGCAACAGUUCUUAUAUGGACAUCACGUUACCAAAUCUGGGUUGGGAAGGAUAACAGAGAACACCGCACAGUAUCAGGGUGUCGUAGUUUAUUCCAUGAACGAUUUGCCAUUGGGUUUCGGGGUAGCGGCAAAGAGUACCGCAGACUGUAAGCAUGCUGAUCCUAUGUCAACGAUUUGCUUCCACCAGGCAGAUAUCGGAGAAUACAUCAGAUCGGAGGAUACGUUGAUGUAACCAGGACUGAAUUUCGUAUUUUUAGAUGUGAGUGCUGGCAUGAGACAGCUCAAUAUAUCUAUGAUGCAGAUGAAGUGGGAUAAAUACAUGAUGUGGAAUAACUCUCAUUCUUCGUUGUCCACUAGAGUUGAUAAUUUUUGGAUGUGACGUGUCGUUGGACUUGGGGCGAGAUAAAUAGAGUAAUGAAUGAUCGUCGUUGGUACAAAUAAGCGAAAACAAACAAAAAAAAAAGAAAAUUGUGCAGAGUUGAAGUUUCAGGCUACCUUACAUUCUCAGUAUCCUACUCCUGGUGGUCAAUAAUUCUACAGAAGGUAAUUCUAUUACUUAUUAAUUUAUUAUAAGAUGAAUGAAACAAUCCAAUGUUCAUCGUGUCAAAGACAAAUGUUGUUCAAUAAUUAUUACUUUGUGUAUAAUAAUAAUUGUACAGCCUUAUCCGCUCACAGCGGCUACAUUGAAUUGAAUAGAAAUUAAAAAUUCUCAGCGUUCUA